AUGACCACCGUAUACACGUCGGAUUUGAAAAAUCAUCGACGGGCACCACCGCCUCCUGGAGCUUUGAGAAACGGCUCGCCGCAUACAUUCAAACAAGGUUAUUCACCGUUGAAUACCCUAGCGUCGGUUAAACCAGUUGAGUUGAAUCUCGGUUCUAAUAAACGCCAUUCAGGCUGGGUGCAUGUCAAAGAUGAUGGUAUAUUCACUUCGUUUCGGUGGAACAAGCGCUUCAUGGUGAUCAACGACAGAACCCUCAAUUUUUAUAAAACAGAACCGUACCUAAAUGAUAGCCCGCUCCCAGAGUUCUCAAUUGCAUUGACGUUGAUCAGCGCCAUCAAUUUGAAACCGCAAACUGGUCACAACAACAAGACUGCCCAGUCGUUUGAAAUCAUCCCUAGAAAUAAUGGCAAACCAAUAUUGGUGUCGAUCAAAACCAAUAACGAUUACCUCGACUGGUUGGAUGCUUUUGCUGCCAAAUGCCCCUCUGCAAACAUUGGCCAGUCAGGUAAUGCAACAAUUGUUUCUUCACAAUCUUCAUCGGGCUUCAAUUUCACAACAACGGGACCACUUUCAAGUGCCUCUGCUCACGCCACCGCCACCACCACCACUACCACCACCAGUAGUCUAGGGAACAGUUUAAACGGAGGAAACGCCAGUAUUUCUAGUCCAAUCAACUACACGCACAAGGUCCAUGUUGGGUUCGACCCCGCAAGUGGAAGCUUCACGGGGUUGCCAGAAACUUGGAAAAGCUUGUUGCAGCAUUCGAAAAUCACCACCGAGGACUGGAAGAAAGAUCCCGUGGCAGUUAUCGAAGUUUUGGAGUUUUACUCUGACAUAAAUGGCGGCUCUAACCCAGAAGCACCAUCAUCGAUGAACUCGCCAAUGGUUGCCAACUUGAAUGGCAAAGUUCCAAAGAUGGACUACAACUCGAGCCUAGAGGAAUGGACAAAGCCACCCGCAAAAAACACAACUGUUCCAUUUAAACCAAGUAGAGCCGCGCCCAAGCCUCCUACUCCCACCAAUGCCACUUAUCCAAGUACAUCUCCAGAAGUGGAGAAUGAAGGUACCAUCUCGCCGUUGGGCAACCUCCUCAACAAGUCGGAGGGUUCCUCGAUCCAAAAGGGAGACUCCCUUAUUCCUGGGCGACGGGCACCCCCGCCGCCAGGAACAAGCAGCUUGAAAUACCAAGCUAAUGUAACACCAUCUGAACAACAACUAAACCAACAGCAACAGCAACAGCAACCGCGUUUCUCCAUGCCCAAGCUGAGCCCUCCCUCUGCACCUUUGACAACUAGCCCGACUAAACUUUCGUCGCAACAAAAUCAGUCCCACAUACACCCCGACGUGAAGAUCCAAAGGAGCAACCAUGCUUUGGGAUUUGAAAAUGUCCUCGAAGGUCCCGUCAAGACUAGCUUGAUGCCAAAGAAGGACAGCAAGAGCAACUCGUUGGAAUCGCGGUCAACAGAGAGCCAGCCAUCGCCAACACGGCAGCACCCACAACAGCAUCAACAACAACAACAUCAAUACCAACACCAACACCAACAACCUCUUACUGGACCAGUGGGAGCCUCACAUGGAGCCACCAAGCCUUUAAAUCCACUCAUUGAACCUAUCAAGCCUUUGCAAUUGAAACCAAAAGGUCAGCAACAACAACAACAACAACAACAACAACAACAACAACAACAACAACGUCAACAACAACAGCAGCAGAGCAGCUCGGACACGGUAAAGAAAGAUGUUGCCCCGGCAAUUUCAACGGGUCCUGCGCCAAUCAAGACUGCGAAACAGUUGAAGAAGGAAAGAGAAAGAUUGAACGACCUUCAAGUUAUCGCGAAAUUGAAAACAGUUGUCAACAGUAACGACCCCAAGUCCCUCUUCAAAAUUAUUGAAAAAGCCGGCCAAGGAGCAAGUGGUAAUGUUUAUUUGGCCGAGUUGAUAUCCGAAAAGAAGAAAGUUGCUAUCAAGCAAAUGGACUUGAAUGUGCAGCCGCGUAAGGAGCUCAUCAUCAAUGAAAUCUUGGUGAUGAAAGAUAGUCAGCACAAAAACAUUGUCAACUUUUUGGAUUCAUACUUGAGAAAGGAGACCGAGUUGUGGGUCAUCAUGGAGUAUAUGGAAGGAGGUUCGCUAACCGACAUUAUUGAAAACAACGAAAACAAGUUGAGUGAAAAACAAAUUGCAACCAUUUGUUUUGAAACUUUGAAAGGGUUGCAGCAUUUGCAUAAAAAACACAUCAUCCACCGUGAUAUCAAAUCAGACAAUGUGCUUUUGGAUGCACGAGGAAACGUCAAGAUUACCGAUUUUGGAUUCUGUGCUAAACUCACAGACCAAAGAAACAAGAGGGCGACAAUGGUGGGCACGCCAUACUGGAUGGCGCCGGAAGUGGUUAAGCAAAAGGAAUACGAUGAAAAAGUCGAUGUCUGGUCCUUGGGUAUCAUGACCAUUGAGAUGAUCGAGGGCGAGCCACCGUAUUUGAACGAAGAGCCGCUCAAGGCAUUGUAUUUGAUUGCCACCAACGGAACACCCAAGUUGAAGAAACCCGAGUUGUUGAGCAACUCCAUCAAGAAGUUCCUUUCCAUUUGCCUUUGCGUCGAUGUCAGAUAUAGAGCUUCCACUGAUGAGUUAUUGGAGCACAGUUUUAUUCAGCACAAACUGGGUCCUAUUGAAGAGUUGUCGCCGCUCUUGGAGUGGAAGAGGAAACAGCAGUUGCAACAGCAACAACAUAGAGAGCAAAUACAGCAUAACAUGCAAUAUGAUAAAUAA